AUGGACGGCGAAGAAUGGCGCGAGGCGGGAACCGAGUGGCUCUUUGAGGGACCCGGCAUGUACAUCCCGAGGAAGGAGAUGGUUGUCCUGGAGACCAUCGAGGCCACGGUGAUCGGCGAGAACCAGGCCAUUAGACCAGAAGAGUGUGGUCACGAGCGAUGCUCAGGAGAAGAGUGGCUAGUGACCCUGGAGGACCGCGAAGCUCAUGUGCCGUCGGUGGCGGAGGAAGUGGUGGGCGUGGUCAACGUCUCUCCGCUCAGCUGCGUCGUUUUGGACCAGGUCGGACCCAACGGGAAACCCCAGCUGGGCCAGAAGAGGGUGGUCAAGGGGGAGUGCUCCUUCUUCCUGCAGCCAGGCGAGCAUGUGGAAAAUCUGAAGAUGAAGGUUGAAGAUGAAGGAGAAGGCCAUCUGCACCUCAUAUGCUGCUGCGAGCUGCUGGCGGCGCUGCUGGAGGCCCAGGCCGUCGUCGAUGUCGAGGACAGCAACGGAAUGCGCCCGCUGCAUUAUGCGGCGUGGCAGGGCAAGUCGGAGUCGGUGCUGCUGCGUUCGGGAGCGUCCGUCAACAGCGUCUCGCUGGAUGGCCACAUCCCUCUGCACCUGGCCGCGCAGUACGGACAUUACCACGUGUCUGAGAUGCUCCUGCAGCACCAGUCCAACCCGUGCCUGGUCAACAAGGCCAAGAAGACACCGCUCGACCUCGCCUGCGAGUUCGGCCGCGUCAAGGUGGCCCAGCUGCUUUUGAGUAGCAACAUGGUGGCGGCGCUUUUGGAGGGCGAACGCAAGGAGCCCAGCGACUCGGCCUUCACCACGCCACUGCACCUCGCCGCUCGCAACGGCCACAAGGACGUCAUUGGGCUGCUGCUGAAGGCGGGCAUCGACAUCAACGCCACCACCAAGUUAGGCACCGCCCUGCACGAGGCCGCCCUCUACGGCAAGACCGAGGUGGUGCGGCUGCUGCUAGAUGCCGGCGUCGACGUGAACAUCAGAAACACAUACAACCAGACGGCACUCGACAUCGUCAACCAGUUCACAACCUCACACGCCAGUCAAGACAUCAAGCAACAACACGUUCACUGA